AUGGAUUCCGAAAGCAGUUUCGAUGAGCGGUAUACCCUCACAUUCACCAAAUCUUCAUGGAAAACUCCUCAAUGGAAGUAUGACGUGUAUCUCAACUCCAUACAUGAAGAUCCAGAUAGACAUGGAAAAACAUUUACAGAUCAUCUAUACACAGCUUUAGCUGGAGACGAUAUACACACUUUUAGAGCUGAUGGCUUUGAUCAACUGCCACCAAGUGUCAACAAUCUUGAGGCAAUUGAGGGGUCAAACAUUUCAAUUGUUAUUUUUUCAAAAGAAUAUGCUUCUUCAAGGUCUUGUCUUGAUAAGUUAGUGAAGAUCAUGGAUUGCAAGAAAAGCAUCGGACAGUUGGUUCUUCCGGUGUUCCAUCAUGUUGAUCCUAGUGAUGUACACAAACAAAGUGGGAGCUUUGAAGCUGCUUUUAUAAGCCAUGAACAUGAAGAGUGUUUUGAUCCUGAAAAGAUUAAACAAUGGCGAGUUGCAUUAACCGAGGCUGGAAAUCUAGCUGGAUGGGAUAUACAAGAUGACAUCAAUGGCUGGUAUGCAGAAGAAUUCAUUGAAGCUAUUGUAAUGAAGGUUGUGCAAAGAUUAAAACGUAACAAGUUUCUUGUAAAGCAUCCGGUUGGUUUGCAUUCACGUCUCUUGUAUCUAAAAAACCUAGUGGCUAUAUUUGGACAAGAAGAUGUGGGUGUAGUUGGGAUCUAUGGUAUGGGUGGCAUUGGUAAAACAACCAUAGCAAAAGAAUUCUAUAAUGAAGCCAUUCAUCACUAUGAACAUACUUGUUUUCUUGAAAAUGUUAGAGAAGAAUCAAAACAGUUUGAUGGUUUAGUUCGUUUACAAGAGCGACUUCUUUCUGCUUUAAAAGGAAAGAAUCAUAGGGUCACAAGCGUUGACCAGGGGAUUGAUUUGAUAAAAGAAAGGUUAGGUUGUAGGAGAGUUCUUGUUGUUCUUGAUGAUGUAGACCAGUUGACCCAAAUAGAUUCUUUAAUUGGGGAAUCUUUGUGGUUUGGUAAGGGAAGUUUAAUCAUCAUGACAACUAGAGAUGAACAUCUUCUAGAUCAAGCUAAAGUUGAUUACAAAUACGAGGUUAAUGAAUUGAACAAUGAAGAGUCUUUAAUGUUGUUUAACUGGCAUGCUUUUAAAAGCCCUAUUCCAUUAGAAUCGUUCAAGAACCUUCUGGAAGACAUUGUAAAGGGACCAAAGCGAUUGAAGUUUCUUGGUAACUUAACUAUGCUUGAUCUUCGUGAAUCAAAGUCCCUCAAGACAACUCUUAACUUCAAUGGAGUACCAAAUCUAUCCGAAUUAAGACUUGGAGGGUGUGAAAAAUUAUCCAAUAUUCAUACUUCAAUCGGGAAUUUGGAGAAGCUAGUUAGCUUAGAUCUGGAAGAGUGCAAGAAUCUCAAAGUUCUUCCAAACAGCAUAUGCAAUAUGAAGUCACUCGAAGAACUAAAACUUGGUAAGUGUGUAAAACUUAGAGGACUUCCCCAUGAAUUUGGGAAUCUAAAAAGCUUAAAGACUCUUGAUGAUAGCCAUGUUGGGAUCAAACGGUUACCUCACUCAAUCGGGGAUUUGACUCAGCUCGAGUCUUUGAACCUGAACGGGUGUAGAAACCUCAAGAAUCUUCCAAGUAGCAUUUUCAAUUUGAGAUCAAUUGCUAUUCUACAUCUUAAAGGCUGCUCAAGUCUUGAAAGUUUACCAGAGCAAUUAGGUGAUUGGAAAGGGUUGAGAGAGAUUAAUGCUAGUGGAACUAGGAUUCAACAAUUACCUUAUUCAAUCGGCAUGUGUGAGCUUAUAAGUCUGUCUAUAACCGAUUGUUCUACCCUCAAAAGUCUUCCAAACAGUAUAUGCAAAAUGAAGACACUCAACAUUCUACGUCUCACUAAUUGCUCAAAUAUACAAGAAUUACCAGAUGAACUUGGAGAUUUGGAACGCUUAGAAGAUAUUGGUGUUAGUGGAACUAGCAUAAAACGAUUACCUGAUUCUAUUCAACAAAUACCUUAUCUACAUACUUUGUUGCUAAACAACUGCAAGACUCUUGAAAGCCUUCUAGGCAGGAAUCUAGGGUUAUCAUUGAUUCGAGUUUUAGCACUACGAGAUUGUAAUCUAUCGGAUAACGAUUUCCCAAAUGAUAUGUGGGAUUUGUCAGGGCUAAUGGUGUUAGACUUGUCAAACAACAAUUUUUCUAGCUUGCUUUCUGGACUUGGUCAACUGUACAAUCUUCAGGUGUUAUAUGUUGGUGGUUGUAAAUCAUUGUUAAAGCUCCCAGAUGUAUCAGGUCUUGAAGUUUUAAGGGCUGUAGAUUUGAAGUAUUGCAGCAAGUUGGUUGAAAUCAUGGGGUUGGAAAAUCUUUCAUCUUUACAAGAAAUUUACCUGGACGGAUGUAGUAGUUUGUCAAUGGUGAUGGACAACUUCUUUCUUCAGGGAUAUGGUCGAGGUCUAUGUGAUAGUAAGUUUUAUGUUUCAAGGAGGGGGAUUCCAGAUUGGUUUGAGUUUCAGGGAGUGGGGGAAUCAUCAAUGUUGAUCGAUACUGACACAGAUACACCUUCUGGUGUUGAAGAUGGUUCCUUACAUUUGAUGAUUUGGGUUGAUUACUUUUUUGGAGACGAUGGUGAUAAGUUCUUUCACACUGGUGUUAGGGUUGACAAUAAAACAAGUGGUGUUAAAUGGAAUUGUGAAAUUAGGGGGAGACAAUCAGUAGAGUCGUGCAUGAUUCUAGGGCCGAUGAUUAAAAGUGGAGACAAGAUUGAAGUUUCAUUUGAGUUGGAAGAACAUAGAGAUGCCAAAGUGGAGAAGUUUGGAGUUCAUCUUGCCUUUUCUUAUCAACAACUGUAG